AUGUCAUCAACCCAAGCCAGUGCCCUGGGAGAAUGGAUCGACCAGUUGUUGAAGACGGUAUUCUUUCAGUCCGACGAUGAGCUGUCCUCGAAAGCAAUUCAAGAGAGCUUUAGUCCCAACCUCAAAGUUCGCAUCAACGGCGCAUCUAUGAAUUACCAUGAUUACAUACAAGCUGUUGCCGCCACCCGAGCUCAGAAUGUAUUAUCCGUCCUUAGCAAUGAGGAAUUGCUUUCGAGCUGUGAGGGACAAGACUCGCCUGGGGCAGGUGGAUCUGUCGCCCACAUUUCAAGCUUUGUCUUGAAGGAUAGGCAAACGGGAUUGGAGAGAAAGGAGUCUACUGUGACACUAGCAACGGUUGGACUUACCAAUGGUAAGAGGAUAUUGGUGGAGUUAACCGAAGUUCAUCGUUCCGCUUAA